AUGACAAGGAAAAAGAAACCCCAGCCCCAACCCCAACCCCAGCCCCAGAUUUAUGAGGUUGAGCUGGCAAAGCGACUGAAAGUGGUUGAGAAGGAGCGCUUUCAAGAGGGACUUAUGUUGCUGAAUGAGGAGUGGCAGGAAUUGGAAGCUUUGACGUUGAUGGAUGAGAGUGAGAAGAAUGGGGAUUGUAUGGGUAUGGAUAUGGAUAUGGAUAUGGGUAUGGGUAUGGGUAAGCCAAUAGUUAAGAAGGCUUCCAAGCCAGGACCUGCUCCUGCUCUUAGCCCGGGUCCGGGUCCUAUAUUUAAGGUUUCUGCUGUACCAGCAAUUUUGUCUAAGUUUGAGGUUAUUUGUGACAGUCUCAGCUACAGCCACAAAAGCUCUGAUUGUUCAGAGCAGAGUUUCCACACAGCGAGAUCUGACUGUACUAAUGAGAGCUUUCAUACUGCGCCGGGAGGGUCUGAUGGCGACGGCGACGGUGAGAAGGAGGCAGAUGCAGAGGCAGAGAAGGCGUUUCUGAAUUCGAGGAUAAUUUGCGAGCAUUGGCAGGUGGAGCUUGAUCGGGCUCAGGAUGAAAGGGCUGAUUCUACGAUACGGGAGAUUGCGAAUAUUGGGAGAGAGAGAGAAUGA